AUGAUCUACGAGGAACUACGAGGAUUGCACGAGGACAUUGAGCGGUUGGAGCAGGCAGUGGCCGACCGCGUGCUCGAAGAGCCCAAACACAUCCGCAGCCGCCUCGUACGCGACCAUGAAAUUCGCAACUUCCUUGAUCGCAUCCAGUCACAGUCGCAAAGUGCUCUCCGAAUCUACGAAGAUCGAGAAGCGCGCACACAGGAAGUGCAAGCCAUCAGCACCGGCGACAACUUUGAGACAUUUCGCGAGGAAGUAAGCAAGAUCAAGGCCUUUCACGAGCGGAAUCCCGGCGAGCCGGUGGAGAACUUGGAGCGAGCAUAUAAGCGACCAGAAGAUGGAGGACCUCAGGCGGGUUUCGCUGGUGACAUGGAAGUCAUGUUCAACAGCGAGGAGGCAUACGGCAGAUUCUUUGACUUGAUUUCAUUACACGAGCAGUUUCUCAAUCUGCCUGGGGUGAAGGGUGUGCGGAAAGUGUCAUACUUGCAAUAUCUGGACAUCUUUGACGCAUUCACGCCGCCCAAAUGCAACAUCACGCGCCAGGACAAGAUGACAGAGGACUACUUUGCAUACCUUGGCUCGCUUUCGGAAUACCUCGAGACAUUUCUACGGAAGACAAAGCCGCUGGAGGACUCCGACCGACUGCUGAGAAGCUAUGAGGAGGAGUUUGAGAAGGAAUGGGAGGAGGAUAAAGUGCCUGGAUGGGAAAGCAUAAAGUCGUCAUCUACAUCUUCGGCACCAGUCACGGAAGGCACCGGGGAAGGUGUAUGGUGUCCAGACUGCGCAAAGGAAUUCAAGAAUGACAACGUCUACAAGGCCCAUCUUACGGGCAAGAGGCACAUCAAAGCCGUGGAGUCAAGAACAGCAUCAGGUUCCACAGCACCCAAUACCAAUGGCGCAUCUGCAGCGAUCGCUAGACUGAAAGAACGCGCUGUCGCCGAUCGGGAGCACCGCAUUCGAAAACUUGCAUCUACAAUGCAGACCGAGCGUGAAGACACCAGGGUAAACGUGGAGCGCAAAGCGGGCAUGACAGACAAGGAGCGUCAACAAGAAGCCAACGCUAUGCUUUACGCAGACGAAGAAUUUGCGGCUGCGGCUGCCAACGGAGGCGAGGACGCCAACUCCGACGACGAGGUCGAGAAGGUGUACAAUCCUCUCAAGCUCCCGCUAGCCUGGGAUGGCAAGCCCAUUCCAUACUGGCUAUUCAAACUGCAUGGUCUCGGAGUCGAGUUUCCGUGCGAGAUUUGCGGAAACUUUGUCUACAUGGGUCGCAGAGCAUUCGACAAGCACUUUUCGGAAGCUCGGCACGUCUACGGUCUUCAAUGUCUAGGCAUCACGAGAUCAACGGGGCUGUUCAGGGAGAUCACAGAGAUUCAGCAGGCGGAAAAGCUGUGGGCGAAGCUGGAAAGCGACCGACUGAAGGAGAUACAGCGGAAGGGUGGAGAGAAUGGGGAGGGCGUGGUGGAGAUGGAAGAUCACGAGGGCAAUGUCAUGCCGAAGAAAGUGUAUGAUGAUUUGGCGCGCAGUGGGUUGCUUUGA